AUGCCGUUUGAUUGCAGCGUGGAUUCCGAUAUAUCGCGAGGAGAUUACGGACCGCCUGUGCACGAUCACGAGCCCAAAGGCGUAUGGAAGAAGAAGCUAGUCUGGAAAGAAGAGUGGAAGAAGGUGUGGAAAACAGCUUCUAAAUUAAUAUGGAAGCCAGAUUGGAAGAAAGUGCAAGUUCCGGUAUGGAAGGAAAUUCAAGUACCUGUGUGGAAAGAAAUCAAAGUCCCUGCAUGGAAAAAGGUACAAAAACCUUUAUGGAAAGAAAUCAAAGUCCCUGCUUGGAAGGAGGUGAAAAUACCAGAAUGGAAGAAGGUAUACAAACCGGUAUGGAAAGAGAUAAAGGUUCCAGUGUGGAAAGAAAUCCAAGUUCCUGACUGGAAGAAAAUUUGGGUACCAGAAUGGGUAAAGAUCUGGGUUCCAGGUGACAAAUCACACGGAAAAGAUCAUGAAGGCUGGGAGUAUACGUCACAUGGCCUCUGGAAGAAGAAGCUCAUCUGGAAACCCGUGUGGAAGAAAGUGUGGAGAUCGGAGAAGAAGCUGAUCUGGGUACCGGAAAAGAAACUUGAGUGGAAGGAAGAAUGGAAACAGGUGUGGAGAACGGAGAAGAAAGAGAUAUGGAUAGCUGAAAAGAAGUUGAUCUGGAAGGAAGAAUGGGUACAGGUUUGGAAAACGGCAAAGAAACAAGAGUGGGUUUCGGAUAAGAAACUCAUAUGGAAGGACGAGUGGAAACAAAUCUGGGUGCCCGUCUGGAAGCAGAUCCAAGUACCAGAAUGGAAGAAGGUCUGGAAACCAGUUUGGGAGAAUGUCUGGGUGCCAAUCCACCACGAAGAGCACCACGAGGAGCACCAUGAGGAGCACCAGGGUUACGAUUGA